AAAAAAAAGUGACAUUGACAUUUUUGACAACUGAAUGUAUUAGGUGUUUUUGUUUCACCUAUUUUCUUUCUAAUUCGAUUUAAUUCAGUUUUAAAUUUUCUGAAGUACGUAUUUUAUUCCAGCCUGUGACUUGUAGAGUAAAAUUUUGAUUGAAAACUUUGUGGAGAGUUCAAGUGAGUAAUGCGUAUUUAACUCAAAAUAAACAUGGAUGAUUAUACAAAAAUCAAGAGCAUAAAAGCUCCGGAUGUCGCCGUGAGCGCUGUGUUAGUACCAAGCCAAGAUUUACCUGCCGAGACACCCACAGUCUCAGGAUAUGACUGGGAAAAUGGUACUGAUUACAACAAAAUACUCGAAAGCUAUACCUACUCUGGUUUCCAAGCUACCAGCUUCGGGAAAGCUGUGCAGGAGAUAAAUAGAAUGCUCAAAUGUAGAUCUGUCGCUCUAACCGAAGAAACAAGUGACCCGUACGAAGAAGAUGCUUUUAUUAAGAAAAAAACUAACUGUACUAUAUUUCUGGGGUAUACUUCGAAUAUGAUAUCGUCUGGUUUACGCGAUACAAUUCUGUUUUUGGUAAAAAACAAGCUUGUUGAUUGUAUAGUGACAACAGCAGGUGGCGUGGAAGAGGAUUUUAUAAAAUGUCUUGCACCCACAUACAUAGGAGACUUUAAUUUGAGCGGGAAAAUGCUCAGGACUCGUGGCAUUAAUCGAAUUGGCAAUUUAUUGGUACCAAAUGAUAAUUACUGUCGUUUUGAGGAGUGGGUGACUCCUUUACUCGAUGAGAUGCUCAAUGAGCAGAUAAAUGAAGGCACUGUUUGGACACCGUCAAGGAUAAUAGCUCGUUUAGGGGAGAAAAUCAACAAUGAGAGUUCCGUUUGUUACUGGGCAUGGAGAAACAAUAUUCCCAUAUUUAGUCCAGCUUUAACAGAUGGCUCUCUAGGUGAUAUGAUGUAUUUCCACUCAUACAAACGUCCCGGACUGAUUAUAGACAUAUUAGGAGAUUUACGUAGACUAAACACAAUGGCUGUUAAAGCAAAUAAUACAGGAAUGAUCAUAUUGGGGGGUGGAGUUAUAAAACAUCAUAUUUGUAAUGCAAAUUUAAUGAGAAAUGGUGCCGAUUUUUCUGUAUAUGUUAACACAGCUAAUGAAUUUGAUGGCAGUGAUGCUGGCGCCCGACCAGAUGAAGCAGUCUCUUGGGGAAAGAUUAGAACAAAUGCAACUCCAGUGAAAUUGUAUGCUGAUGCGACCUUAGUAUUUCCUUUGCUUGUAGCCCAAACAUUUGCUAAAUACCAUUUUAGUAAUAAAAAAAAUGUAUAAAAUUGUAUAAUUUAUUUACUACUUCAUUAAUAUAUUUAAUGAUUAUGUUA